UUUCUCAUGAAUUCGUGGUACCCAUUGAUUCGUGGUAUUUUCUUUUUCCGUCAUUGCGCACGCGUAAUGCACUAUUCCAGAAAUUUAUUUUGAGAAAUCGAAAGUAGAUUUCCUGAUGUAAACAAAGGGGCAUAAUUCAAAGAAAAUGACGGAAAAUUCGGUAAGUAAUGCAAAAAAUAUACAAACUACGUAUACAUCCGUAUUAGUCACUUUUGGAAGACAUACCUGUUUUCCUAAAAAUAGCUAAAGGGGUAUGAAAUAGUUGGUUAAUUGAUUUCAAAUGAAUUUCCAGAUGUCGUCUGCAUGAUUGACUGCUUAUAUCAAGUGAUGUUGCUAGGCAUUGAAUAAAGUAUGGAAAGUUGCUAGCGUUAAAUAUCAGUGUUUUUAUUUAUCAUAAUCAGCAGCCGAAUUACAAGUGCUGUAAAACUAUAAAAUAUUCGUCCUUCAAAUUAAAAAAAAUAUUUUUCUCUAUUUUUGCAUCAAGAAUUCAAAGAUAAAUUCUAUUCUAAAUCCAAUUUUAAUUUUAUAAAUAUGAAUUUAAAUGUUAUUAAAUUAUAUUUUUAAAAAAAUCUUUUCAAAACGUGUAAUUUAUUGAUAAAGUAAAUCAUUGAAUGAAAUGGUUGAUUAUAUAUCGCUUUAAAAAUUAUAUAAAGGUAUUUGCAAUAAACUAAAUAAUUUUGGUAUUUUAUUUUAGAGAAAAAGAUAUCAGUAUGAUAAGGCAAACCUUCAACGUGCAUAUGAUGCUGUUGUGUCAGAGGGAAUGUCUGUUUAUAAGGCCUCUAGGGUAUUUUUCGUGCCAGAGCAGACUCUAAGGGACAGAGUUAAGGAAAAAGUUCCACUAACUGCUAAAUUAGGUUAUGAUAACACUUUUACUUUCAAAGAGGAAGAAGCAUUGGCACAGCAUCUAAUUUAUAUGGCUGGAAUCGGAUAUGGCUAUACAAAAAUGGACAUACAGAGGAUGGCAAGACAGUAUGCACAUUCCCUUAACAAAAAACUUCACACAAAGAACGAAAAUACUGACCAUCUCAGUAAUAAUUGGUUUUAUGGCUUUUUGCGCCGCUGGCCAGACUUGAAACUGGUAAAACCACAAAAACUUUCAAUGGCUAGAGCAAAAAAUGCAUCCCCUGAAAAAAUGAAGGCUUAUUUCAAGGAACUGUCCACAAUAUUAACAAAACAUGAAUUAGCGGACAAACCAAAUCAAAUAUUCAACAUUGACGAAACAGGAAUUUCGACUGACCAUUCGCCACCCAAAAUUGUUUGUGGAAAAGAUGUAAACCCUCGAUCCAUUACGUCUCCACGAUCCUCUACUAUCACUAUUAUUGCCGGAGGAAAUGCUGCAGGUCAUUUUUUACCCCCAUUUUAUGUUUUCCCGGGUAAAAGAUGGAAUGCUGACUUCCUAAAUGUUGCCAUAUCUGGAUCUUCGGGGGCAAUGAGUGAUAGUGGCUGGUCAAAUGGUAAAAUAUUUGAACAGUACCUGACGACCCAUUUUUUAGAAAAUGCCAGGAGACAAAAUCAGGACCCUGUUCUCAUUCUUUUAGAUGGACAUCGGUCCCAUAUUAGUUUAACGUUGACGGACUGGGCACAAAGAAAUAACAUAAUAUUAUUUGUUCUCCCUCCGCAUAGCAGCCAUCUGACCCAGCCGUUAGAUGUUGGGGUGUUUGGGCCACUAAAAAAAAUCUAUAACAGAGAAUGUGCUGUGUUCUUACAGAAGCACCCAGGGAGAAAUAUAACCAAGUACGAUAUUGCAGAGCUCACAGCAACGCCAUACCUCAAAGCCAUGUGUCCGGACAACUUAAUUUCAGCCUUUAGAAAAACAGGUGUAUUUCCAGUUGAUCCAAAGGCAAUCACAGAUCAACAGAUGGCGCCAUCAAUAAUUUAUGUAGAUGCUGAUCAACCUCAACUGAAUGUAGAGUCGGGAGAACCAUGCUCCCAAGGUCAUCUUGAUCAUGAUCAUCCAAGUUCUCAAAGUCGUGAUUCUUCACUUCAACAGGAACAUGCUACAACACAGCCAUUAUCCCAGACACGUAUAUGUAAUGAUCCCCCUGAUUUCUUUAGCAGUCGCAAAAUUACAGCAGUCAAAACAGAAAGCAAGAAAAAAAGAAAAUUCAUUCCGCCAUUCCUAGCUGGCUCUCUUUUGAAGAAAACAAAUCAGGAUAUUCUGAAAUCUGCGGAAGGAAAGAAGAAGAAGAAGGUUCUUGAGGACACGCAGCCAUCCACAUCUGGAGCAUCAACAACAGAAGUUAAAAAAUCCAAAAAGACGAAGGAUCCGAUUAUCGAGGAUGGUAGUGAUUGUGAAGCUCAAACAGAAGAUGAAGUUUGCUGUGUUUGUCAGAGGUGGGAACCAGCGGGGCUGAGAAGCAUACCCGGUAUUUUGUUUGUCCAAUGGGGGAAGUGUGACUUCUGUUCCCACUGGACUCAUUUAAAAUUUUGUACCAAUGUAAGAGUGCUUCGUACCUCGAGCACAUUCAGAUGCCCUCACUGUGAGUAAUGAAAUCAAAUGAUGUUACUAUUAAUUUACCUUUCUUAUGUCUGGUCAGUUUUGUAUGUCUCUUGUCUGAUUAAAAUUUAAUUAUAUUUCACAAACAUUGAAUUUAAUAUCAAUUACUGUUACAAGUAUUUUUUUUUCAGUUUAAUUAUUAUAAUUAAGUUAUAAAAAUUUCUACUGUAAUUUAUUAUUGUUGUUUGUUUAAAUAUAAUUGUAAAGUUAUUGUAUAUUUACAACAAAAUUUUAAAAAUAAUAUACUAAAUUAUAAAAUUUAUUAUUCUAUGAAAUAAAACACCAAUUUUCGUCAAUAUCUUUUAUUUUUUAUAAAGUAAUUGUGCCCGAAAUAAUACGCCAUACAAAUAACUCAGAUUUUGAUGACGUACCACGAAUCAAUGAGACGCUUGAUUUUUCAACAGUGGCGUAAACACCGCACAUUUUAAGGUGAAUUUUGACACAGUUAAGGGAUGAAAUUACACCAAACUUUUACUAAACAAGAGAUUAGAUCCUAAUAUUAUCAAAUCACAAUAAAAUAAAGCUGAAAGUUUUGUAAAUCGAUUUUAUUCGAUUACGAAUCGGUAAGUACCACGAAUCCAUGAGAUACCAGGCU